AUGAAAAUUACAGUAACAGCUGGUACUGGAUCACAACUAAACAGCAAUAUGAGAACCAGUUCUUUGGAGAAUCCUACUCAUACAGGAUCAGUGCCAUCUAGUGAACCAAAACCUACCAGGUUAGCCACACUGACAAUGCUUUUUAAACCUUGGAAGUGGAAGAAAAAGAAACGAAGUGAUAAAUUUGAUGAAGGCUCUAGAGAUCUGGAAAGAAAAAUAUCUCUACAUUCAACGAAGGAGGAACUGAUUGAAAGAGAUGUUUUGUUGCUAGACAGAGAUGUAUCUGAUGAUGACCACAUAGAAGCAAUAAGUCCAGCUGGAGAUACAUUUGGACAAAUCUCUGGAAGUUCAGUUCCCAUGAUAACCAGUUGUGUUGGUGGAUCAGCUGUAUUAGAUCAUCAAAAAAUCAAGGGUCCAGCCUCUUCACUUUACAGUAGGGAUAAAAAUAGAAAUAGUAAUUUACCUAAGGAAUCAGUGACUACACUGCAGACUUUUGGUGAUGGGCUAGAAAACAUCGGUGGUGGAGGUAUAGGACCAAUCUCACUAAUAGGGAUGGGCUGCUCAGAUAACAUCAAGUCUCCAUUACGAGAAGGGAGGUUCAGGAAUG